AUGGCUUGGAAAAUUGCUACCCUCCUGUCCGCCGUCUUAGCAUUGGGCUCUUUUGCCGCAGCCGAGGCCAUCCCCAAGACUGACUACGACGUCAUUGUCGUUGGUGGUGGACCCGCGGGUCUCAGCGCUCUGAGUGGUGUCUCUCGCGUGCGGAGAACUGCUUUGCUGUUUGAUAACCAACAUUACCGCAAUGAUCCUACUCGGGCUAUGCACGAUGUGAUUGGCAACGACGGCACACCCCCUGCUGUUUUCCGCGGCUUGGCCCGCCAGCAGAUUUCUCACUACCCCACAGCUCAUUUCAAGAACUCCACUGUGCUGUCGAUUGUGCCUUAUGGAAAAGGCGGCGUGUCUGCCUUUAACGUGACCGACGACACGGGCAAGUCCUACACUUCGCGUAAGCUUGUUCUUGGAACUGGUGUCAGCGAUGUGCUCCCCAAUACUCCCGGUGUGGAUGAAGCCUGGGGCAAGGGACUCUUCUGGUGCCCAUGGUGUGACGGUUAUGAGCACCGUGACCAGCCUUUCGGCAUUCUCGGAAGCAUUGCCGACGUUCUCGGCAGUGUUUUAGAGACCAACACUCUCUACACCGAUAUCAUCGCCUUUGUCAAUGGAACCGACACUCCUGCCGGUGAGAUGGCCGCUACUAGCCAACACGACGGCUGGAAAGAGCAGCUUGAUGCGUGGAACGUCAAAAUUGACAACCGCACCAUCACCCGUAUUGAGCGCACACAGGAUGGCGAGACACACCAGAACAAGACUACCGACCAGCAGUUUGACAAGUUCCUCAUCCACUUCACUGAGGGUGAUCCCGUUGAGCGUGGUGCUUUGAUUAUCAACGCCCCUACCGUUCAGCACUCCACCCUACCUGCCCAGAUGGGCUUGAACAUCACCAAGGAAAAGAUUGAUGUUAACACGGCCAGCAUGCGCACUAGCAUGGCCGGUGUGUGGGGUAUUGGUGAUGCCAACAGCGAUGCUUCCACCAACGUCCCUCACGCUAUGUUCAGCGGAAAGAAGUCUGCUGUCUACCUCCACGUUGAGAUGUCCAAGGAGGACUCUCAGUCCAAGGUGUCCAAGCGGAGUGGAUUGUCCCAGCGGGAGCUGGUGAAGGAGGCUGUCCGUGCCAUUGGAAACAAUCUCGAGCCCCAGUGGGAGCAGGUUCAGAAGCGUCAGAUGGCCUAA